CGCGUUUCUGCCGAUGCAUCGAUGAAGGGUGCGUGCUAGCGAGCGACCGAUGUGAUUGACGGUCUCAAGGGAUCUCUUCUGCCAUCGGGCGAGUAAGCGAGUCGAAAGAAUCUUUACUACUAGAUCUUGUUUACAUGCACUGCCAAACAGGAUACUCCUUGUGACCUACCUUUCAUUGAACUGCCGUAGUAAGGUCGCGAAAGUCCGCUAUAAUGGGAGACUUCGAGCCCCUUCCGCCGUCCGAACCGAGGAAGUUUGAGCGCCUGCGCUCGCAAUGUUUGAUCAAGGGCAAGCUGUUCGAGGAUCCCGACUUCCCUGCAACCGACAAGUCGCUUUUCUUCAGCCAGAAGCCUCCUGCUAAUUUUGUCUGGAAAAGACCACACGAGAUCUGCAAGCCGCUGAACAAGACGCCUAGCCUGUUCGUGGACGGCGGCAGUCGGUUUGACGUGUCACAGGGCAUGCUGGGCGACUGCUGGCUUGUGGCAUCCAUCUCAUCACUGGCACUCUACCCAAGGCUCCUGCACCGCGUGGUUCCCGAGGACCAGGGCUUCUCUGAUAGCGAGAAGUACGCCGGCCUGUUCCACUUCUACUUCUGGCGGUUUGGUCGCUUCCAGGAGGUUGUCAUUGAUGAUCGGCUGCCGACCUACAAUGGCAAGCUUGUGUUCAUGCAUUCGGAGGAGGUCAAUGAGUUCUGGAGCGCCCUCUUCGAGAAGGCGUAUGCUAAGUUGCAUGGUUCGUACGAAGCACUGAAGGGCGGCAAAGCAGCCGAGGCCAUGGUGGACUUUACUGGCGGUGUGACCGAGGCUUACAAGCUCAGCGAAGCUCCCAAGGACCUCUUCAAGAUCAUGAUGAAGGCGUGCAAGCGUAGCUCUAUGAUGAGUUGUUCCAUUGCUGCUACAACCAAAGCCCAGAUGGAGGCAAAGAUGGACAACGGGCUCAUCCAAGGUCAUGCCUACUCACUGACCGACGUGCGCAAGAUCAAAGUGAAAGGACUGGGCAACGCCGAGGUUGAGCUGGUGCGCGUCCGAAACCCAUGGGGCAACGAGCGCGAGUGGAGUGGAGCGUGGAGCGACAGUUCAUCGGAAUGGAAAAUGAUACCAGAAUCUGACAGGAAGGAGAUUGGUCUCGAGUUUGAAGAUGAUGGAGAAUCCUGGAUGAGCUUUGACGACUUCUCGAAGCACUUCACCGACCUUGAGAUCUGCAACUUGAGCCUGGAAAGUCUGGAGGAUGAUGGUGGACAAAAGCUGUCGUACCGCGAGUCCGCUGCGAGCGGUGCAUGGAAGGGGAAAUCGUGCGGUGGCUGCAGGAACAACGACUCAUUCUGUGACAAUCCGCAGUUCUUCUUUGAGGUGGACGACCCGGAUGAUCCGGAUGAUCCCAACGACGAUGACAAGUGCUCCGUCCUGGUUGCACUGAUGCAGAAGAACCGCCGAGAGAAGAAACAUCUCGGCGUGGAAGACCUCUGCAUUGGCUUCUCACUGUACAAACUGGAUGACACGGAUGCAAAGAAACUUGACAAGGACUAUUUUGACUACCACCGCAGCCUUGCAACGUCUGGCGUGUUCACCAAUGCACGCGAGGUGCACGCGCGCCUGGAGUUGGAGGAGGGUCGCUACUGUGUGGUGCCGUGCACGUUCAAUGCCAAAGAGGAGGGAGAGUUCCUCCUGCGCAUGUACACCGAGAAACCAACAAAGGAGAUGCCUACUGAUCCGGACCAAGAAGAGGAGAAAGCCGCUGCUGCCCAGGCACAGCGUGAAAACACCAAGGGGAUGUUCAAGCGCUUGGCUGGAGCUGAUGGUGUAGUGGAUGGUCUGGAACUUCAGGACAUCCUUACGCAUGCACUGCGCAAAGAGCUUGGAGGUGGAACAUUCAGCCUUGAGACUUGCCGGUCAAUCAUUGCAAUCACGGAUGCGAACAAAUCCGGUGCCUUGGACUAUGAAGAGUUCCAGGAUGUGUUGGACCUGCUGAUGAAGUGGAGGACCUCGUUCCAGAAGUUUGACCGCACGCAGAAGGGCUACAUCAUGAAGCGGGAUCUCGGAGAUGCUCUUUACACCAUGGGUCUGCCUAAGCUAUCUACCAUCACGCUGGGUACCCUGGUGAGGCGCUUCUCCAAGGACGGGAAGCUGUUCAUCGACGACUAUGUUCUGUGCAGCAUCCGUGUGAAGGGAAUGUACCAACGCUUUGAAGCGCACAAGACGGCAAGUGGCAAAGCUAGCUUUGGAUUGGAUGAAUUCCUCCAGCUCACUUUGGAUUCAUAAUCGGAGGUAACCGCAGAACAUGGCGUCUUAGAAGCAAACAGUAUCUCUGCAUUGUGGAAAUGGUUAUGCCUCAAUGCCAUGGUUUCAGCCCAGCUACAUGUGGGUGUCUCAAAAAGCUGCAUUAGCAGCAGAUGUGUUUAUGUGUUGUGCUAGCGCCCAUAGUAGUGGUUUCUGAAUUUCAUACUGGAUCCAUCAAUGCUCUCAACAUGUCAAAGAUACUGUUGUAGUCCCGGCUCCUAUAUAGUUGGUGAUGGCCAUCUAGUUGCCUCACCUUCGCAAUGGCUUCGCCCAACAUAGUGCAUGUAACAUCUUAGUCUUAUCGCCUUUAGAUAUUGCAGCAGCCACCUCUGCUGCUGCUGCUGCGGCUGCUUCUGCUGAUGCUUGGCCAGCUAACUGACAGUGGCUGCCAUCACCAUCUGCGGCAUUGCAUUUGUACUCUGUAUUGGAAGUACGGUGCAUCAAGAAUGGUAACUGCUACGCACACCGCUGGUACUCGUUGUGUGGCGCGGCAGCAACCAGUCGAAAUAUCUGCCUCAUAUGCAGUGUUUCUUCUGUGCAUGCUCUUUCUGAUCGCGUUAACACGCGUGUUGCCGCUGAGCAUGCCAAGCAGCUCAUCGAUCAUUGCCAUGCUAUGCCGCCGGCUAGCCCCUGCCACACUAGAGUCUACUUCAGUACUGUACUGCUCUGUGUACAUCCGACUAGAGUCUACUUCAGUACUGUACUGCUCUCUGUGCACAUCCGACUAGAGUCUAGAGUCUACUGAACUUUGGCUGUGCACUGUAGCUUCCAGCAAUCCUACACCAUCUAGAUUGGAGUAAGUUCUAUUUUCGUACAAAUGAAUUAUACUGCACACAGUCUUAGUCUGGGUUCAAUCCUUUAUUAGUCCUGA